ACAAACACCGGACAUUAAGUUUAAGAGAGUCUGACAACCGUCCACAUUUACGCAAGUAAUUACAACAGAUGCACAAUUAUAACUGCAAGUGCAAAGCUACCCGGGACUCAUCUAACUUUGGAGCACCAACUUGCAAAAGGAAAGAACCAGGUGAUCUACAGACAACAUGGGAUCAGGUCCAAGUCAAGAGCGUGAGGUUCUCCCACCUGGACCACCCUACCCUGGUCCAGCUGUGGAAUACAGCUUUAUUGAAACAGAGGUAACCAUGACAGGCAAGAUGGCCUUCGCAGCGUCCAACCGGAUGAUCACCACCAACAUUGACUCCUACUAUCCUAUCCUGGGACAAAAGUAUGCUGAAGGAUUCCGUCUCCUCAGUUUUUAUCGCAUUCCGUAUGCUGCACAACAGCAUAUAUUCAGCACUUCGAUGGUCGUUCCAUUUCAGGGCUUCUUCUGUCGUUACCCGACCUUGCCAAGGUUUGAGGGGUGGAAUCUCCAUAUCGUCAAAGCAGUCAUGGUUAUGCAAGUUGUGCGUCAUGGCUUGAUUGGGGCCACUGUUGACACUGACACGUCCCAGAUCAAUCAAGCCAUUGCAGAAAACACCAGGACAGGCGGGCGGCUCAUCUGUGUAGAAACGACUGGACAAAUAAGGCGCCAGGGGUUUGCAGCAGAAAUGCGGGGCGGGGGUCCCGUCAUGGGGGUUGACUUGUUCUUCGACAUGCCAAGUGCACCAACAAACGAGCUGUAUGCAUACAUGUGCGUCCCAUGUCCUGUACAGCUGAAAACUAACCUAAGUUUUGGCGGAACUGGACUUUCUGUAAACUGCAACUGGCUUGGAAUAAUGACAGAAUACUUGUCUAAAGGAUGGCGAUUGGUGGAAGUGUUCUUUGAUGAUGGGUUUAAGCACAAGGCCCUCUCAAGGAAAAUGGAUCUCAACUCCAUAUGGUUUUUCGAGAAGCCGAUGUCUCGUAUGAACGACGACACUGCUGUGUACGAGGGAGUGGUGCUGGAGCACUAUGUAGAGUUGAGGACUGUGUGUGGUGGAGUGGCCACCAACACCAAGUGGGAACCGGUGAUUGAAAGGUUUGGCCGAGAAGGGUGGGAGCUUGCUUGCAUUGUUGAAACACUGGAAGGCAAUCGAACGGGAUGUACCACAGCAGAAUUGAAAGUACUUUUGUUUUUACAGCGACCAAUUCUGCAAGCCCAUGUCAGGGAUCAGGCUCAAGGAAGCGCACAUGAUGAUCAAUAUGGUAAAGCUCCUGACGAAUUCAACUCCAUAUAAUGGAUGAAUUAUUUCAUUGGGCCAAUUCUGGAGCAACAAGGAGACGUGCAUGAUGAUCGAUAUGGUAGAGCUCCUGACGAAUUCAACUCCAUAUAAUGGAUGAAUUAUUUCAUUGGGCUGAUUCUGGAGCAAUGUUAGACAUAAAGUAAACUAUGUUUAUAACAAACUGACAGAUGUAGCGAAACUGCUUUUGGGCCGGUCCAUAUAUUAUUUUGGGCCGGUGAAUAUAUGAGAUAUAUAUGCUUAUAACGAACUACAGUUAUAACAAACUAAACUUAGCGGUCCCCUUUAACCCGAGUUAACUGUGUUCAGCUUAUCAAAGAAUGAAGGACUUGUUGGCCCUUAAUUAAGAAAAUGCACUGGUGAAAGUGAAUAUAAUCUGAUGUCCACUGCAUUUAGAAGUUGAUAGCCAUAACAUUGAUACUGUUUGAGUCAUUUUCAUAAUAAUGUUAAUGUUUCUUAUAGACCCUAGGUGAAAAUAACCCUUCGGAGGCUGUCUGUGGGUGUUGAUUGUCUUACCCGUUAUAGCGUGGGUUCUAGCCGUUUUGUCAAGUAGGGUCUUGACUUGAAGCCAAUUCCCUCCUUGUCUGGAUUGGGGGAAAAUCAGGAACUCAUGCUGCCCAUUGUGACGCAGGGUCCUGCUGAGGUCUACUAUUGUCCAUCCUCCAUAGUGCAGGGUGUGAUAUUACCUCUCUGUUGUCAUAAAUACCCUGGACCCAAUAGCUAUAGAAGGUUAGUUCUUAAGUAAGUCGCAUUUUCUGUUACCACUAACUAAGCACAACAUUUCUCUGUCAUAAGCUUGUGAUAAACAACCAAUCAAAAGAUUAAGAUUUCAGCAAUAGGUGUACAUUUAAAAUUAUUAUUGUGUAUAUACAAGCCUUGGAUAAAUUUAAUGUAAAAGAGUUAAUAUGAAGUUUCAGAUGGAAAAUAUGUUGGACAAAGGGAGGGAAGUCUGAAUACUAUAAGACAUUCCCAGUGGUAUUUAGACCGCCUCCGUGGUCUUGUGGUAGAGCGUCCGCCCGGAGAGCGGAAGGUCCCGGGUUCGAUCCCGGGCCGCGUCAUACAAAAAGACGUUAAAAGAUUGUACUUGUUGUUACCCUGUCUGGCGCUCGGCAUUAAU